AGGUUGAUUCUCUGUCAUUUCCUAUAAUCUUUCACCCAAGAAUUGACUGAAGUGGGGGCAAUUAAUAGAAUAACUUGAAAGAGAGAGAGAGAGAGAAGACAGCUAGAGAAUAGAAGCAAUGGAAGUAUCUGCGGAUGAGAUCAAGACGCCUCUUUUACCAAAGGUUGAGGAGUAUGAAGGGCGCCAUGGUUUUGCAUCGAGCUCAAAGUCAAAGGUGGAAUCUUUACCAGAGGCUGCAGAAGAAGAGAACUCCCCGAUCAGAGAGGUUGCUCUUACAGUUCCCACAACAGAUGACCCUUCUCUCCCUGUUCUCACCUUCAGAAUGUGGGUUUUGGGCACUCUCUCCUGUGUCCUUUUGUCAUUUCUCAACCAGUUCUUCUGGUACAGGACUGAGCCUCUCACCAUCACAGCAAUCUCAGCUCAGAUUGCAGUGGUUCCCCUGGGACAGCUAAUGGCUGCUAGGAUCACUGAUAGGGUGUUCUUCAGAGGGACCAAAUGGGAAUUCACACUAAACCCAGGCCCUUUCAAUGUCAAAGAACAUGUCCUCAUUACCAUAUUUGCAAACUCUGGUGCAGGCACUGUUUAUGCCAUCCAUGUGGUCACUGCUGUUAAGGUCUUCUAUGGGAAGCACAUCACCUUCUUUGUUUCCCUUAUCAUUGUUCUUACAACUCAGGUUCUGGGAUUUGGAUGGGCUGGUAUAUUCAGAAGGUAUCUAGUGGAGCCAGCUGCCAUGUGGUGGCCUGCCAAUCUUGUACAAGUCUCAUUGUUCAGGGCUUUGCAUGAGAAAGAAGAGAGGCCUAAAGGCGGGAUAACACGCACUCAGUUCUUCGUUAUUGCCUUCAUCUGUAGUUUUGCUUACUACGUUUUCCCCGGCUACUUGUUCCAAAUGUUAACUUCGCUCUCGUGGAUCUGUUGGUUCUUCCCGAGAUCAGUACUUGCCCAGCAACUUGGCUCUGGUCUCCAAGGGCUUGGCAUUGGAGCUAUAGGCCUAGAUUGGUCCUCCAUAUCCUCGUAUCUUGGAAGUCCUCUAGCCAGUCCUUGGUUUGCCACUGCUAAUAUUGCUGUUGGCUUUUUCCUUAUUUUGUAUGUCUUCACUCCCAUCUUCUAUUGGUGUGAUGUCUUCAAUGCCAAAACGUUCCCGAUAUUCUCAGAUGAGCUCUUCACUUCGUCUGGACAAACCUACAAUAUUUCGGCUAUAAUUGACUCGAAUUUUCACCUCGAUUUGGAAGCUUAUGACCAAGAAGGGAAGCUUUACCUUAGUACUUUUUUCGCCCUCACUUAUGGCGUUGGCUUUGCUGCUCUCACUGCUACUCUUGUACAUGUGGUCUUGUUUCAUGGAAGGGAAAUAUGGGAGCAAAGCAAAUCGAGCUUUAAGGAUAGGAAAAUGGACAUACACACGAGACUGAUGAGCAAGUAUAGACAAGUCCCCGAGUGGUGGUUUUGGUGUAUUCUUGUGGCUAAUAUCGCGCUUACUGUCUUUGCUUGUGAGUAUUACAAAGAGCAGCUUCAACUGCCCUGGUGGGGAGUCUUACUAGCAUGUGUUAUAGCCAUUAUCUUCACCCUUCCAAUCGGGAUCAUCACCGCCAUCACUAAUCAGACUCCAGGCUUGAACAUCAUUACUGAAUACAUCAUUGGGUACAUUUAUCCGGGAUACCCAGUGGCUAACAUGUGCUUCAAAGUCUAUGGUUACAUCAGUAUGACUCAGGCUAUCGCGUUCUUGCAAGACUUCAAACUUGGGCAUUACAUGAAAAUCCCACCAAGAACAAUGUUCAUGGCACAAGUAGUGGGGACAGUGAUAGCUGGUUUCGUGUACUUGGGCACCGCGUGGUGGUUGAUGGAAACGAUUCCUGAGAUUUGCCAGACAACAGCAACGAACACCGUAUGGACCUGUCCAUCUGACCAUGUGUUCUAUGAUGCAUCUGUUAUCUGGGGUUUGAUUGGGCCGAGGCGAAUAUUUGGGGAUUUAGGGACUUAUGAGGCAGUGAACUGGUUUUUCCUAGCUGGGGCAAUUGCACCAGUUCUUGUGUGGCUAGCCACCAAGGCAUUCCCAGGACAAGAGUGGAUUAGGCUUAUAAACAUGCCUGUCUUGAUUAGCGCCACUAGUAAUAUGCCUCCCGCCACUGCUGUCAACUACACAACAUGGAUUAUCGUGGGAUUCCUGUCUGGUUACGUGGUUUUUAGGUACAGGCCGGAUUUAUGGCAGCGCCACAACUACGUCCUGUCUGGUGCACUCGACGCUGGGUUGGCCUUCAUGGGAGUUCUGUUGUAUCUGUGUUUGGGGUUGGAGAAUGUUAGCCUUAACUGGUGGGGAAAUGACCUUGAUGGAUGCCCCUAUGCUUCGUGCCCUUCAGCCAAAGGAAUUAUCGUCGAGGGAUGCCCGGUUAUUUAUUGAUCAUAUCAACUGUUUCAAGAACCACAAAAAUUUGUUUCUGUACAUACUGAUUUGAACUUGUGUAAUUAUCUUGAAAGGGGAUCUAUUGGCUGUGAAGAUUGUCUGCUUUUCCAAAAUUUCUUUAUGUUUUUUCCUGACUCACUUUUGUCUUUUCAAUGUGAAAUCUCUUCCUUUACUCUACUUGCAU